GGUGGGGGGUUUUCUUAGCUCCGUAAUCCUUCUUAUGUGAAGUCAUACAGGACAGGAGGAAGGUGAUACCUACAUCUUGCGUGGUUUGGUAGAUUGGUAAUGGAAGGAUCGGGAUUUUAGAUUUCAGUAAGGGAUAGCGCUAUAUGGAACCCCUCCACCCCUCCUCCCCUCCUCCAGCUUUCAUUGACAAGUCAGACCGGCUCAUUUCAUUGCAGUUGGUACGUUUACUGUGACACUAUAGCGGGUCGUCGCGAAAAUACACCUUUCUUUGUUUUCAACUUUCUCUAGCCCCCCGUGGGAAUAAUACCCAAAAUGGUUCUGUUGACGGACCUUCCGCCCGAGAUUGUGCAACACGUGCUGGGUUACGUCGACCCGCCUGAUUUGGGCCGAGUUCCUCUCGUCUGCAAGAACCUCUAUCAUACCGUGAAAGGGAAUAGCGCAAUCUUUAGAUCUGUCUAUCUCAACAUUCUUGAUAGACCUGCAGACCAAUUCAACGUAAAUUGGGAACAAAUUGUUAAGGACACUGCUCACCUACAAGCUAUAGGCCGCCGGGACCGAGGUCAAGAUAAGGAAAACGAACUCCCCUUCGUUUACGAUACAGUCAAAGCUCUUCUACGGAAUGCUUCUGUCGCUACCGAUACGGAGCGAUCCCGCAAUGCCGAGCUUUUAGACGGCAUCUUCUCGGAAGAGGCUAACCAAUCUGCGUUCUUGUGUCGAUCUUUUAUCUUCGAGCGCGCUGGGAAAGAUCACAAUUUACUUUACGAUCCAACGCCGCGAGUCGACCACCAAAAGAGCGCGCAACUGCACUGCCUCUAUGGAGUGCCAAUAUUGCAAGCGAAACCGGGGAGCCCCUGGACGAGGGCUAAUGAGAUGAGGCUGUAUGCUUGCGCAAAAGUCUAUGAUCUGAGACAAUAUACUGAGAAGACGAAAUGGGGUCCUUUCAUGGAUGACGAUACGGAUCGCGUGGACUGGGAGAAGGUCGAAGCUAUCAUGAUCGUGAUCGGGUCCAACUUGCGCAAGCUACGCCUCACUAGCUUUCCCGAGUGUAAGGACCAUUGGGAGCUAUCGUUUGCGGGCGUCUGGCCUCAGAGCUAUGUCCCAUCUCCGUUCGCAUGCCAACCAGAGUCCUUAGAACUCCAGGACCCCUACGAUAUAACCGGGAACUGGUUACGUGUGGUGUGCUUUUUGGAUUAUACCGACUUCUUCGCCUAUAACUUUAGCACCCAGAACGUGAUCAACCCAAGUCAACCUUUGCCUGCCAUUGACUUCGGCGAAGCUACGCGGUUGAUCCUCAUGAAGCUUCACGUGACAAAGAUUGAACCCCCUGGGCCAGAUGAUGGACAAGAAUUGCCAGUGGUGUACUUUGAGGGCGUUUCCAGAUCUCUUGACGAUAGUCGCGAUGAGAACGCCAACUCAGACUUGAGAGGUAUGCGAGGAUCCGUACGUUUAACGCGCGAGGGUGAGGUGCGCUGGACGACAUUCUCCAUCUUUAGCGGUGAAGAGAGGUGGCGUAGUGAAAGCGUACAAAUUGGUGGGGUGCGGAGUGCGAAGGGAGUCUUGGGUAAUUGGUUUGAUAAGGAUUUCGACCAUCGUGGUCCAGCCGGACCAACUGCGUUUUGGAAGGUCCCGGAGGGGAUCACAAAUUCACAGGUCCAAAGCGCGCUGUCAUAUGACUUCAAUAAUGAAUCGGAAGAUGAAUACGAACCCCUAGAGUCCCCUCAAUCUGGCGACGAAGAUGGAGAGGAAGAGAUGGUUGGAUGGCACUUUACAACCCGGGUGGCGCAGGAUGAUUAGAGAUUUGAUGUCUUGCUACACUUCUUUCCCUCCCGCUCGUCUGGUUGAAGUCUAGGUUGGGGUUUCUCGAAGUUGUUUUGCGAUUUAGAAUGUUCUCUUCUUCUGAUAACUAGGGCUUAUAUUUAUGGCAUGGCUGGUGAUAUAUCGGCUCGCAAUGAUCUAUACUUGUGAAUAUUCAAAGUGUUACUUUGAUAACCCUGAAGACGUGGACCAGCGAACCUUCUGCAUGAAAAAUAUGGGGUAAACUUAGCGGGUACAUACCCUGGAGUUUUAGCGGUUAACAAUGGUAGCCGUUGCCGAAUAUAGCAGGCGAAUAGCGUACCCUAGCAGCCUAGCUGCCUACCUAGGUAGUAGUUAUGGUCCGAGCUUCUUUCAUUUUACGUCAACCUCGGC